GAAACGAGACAACUUAGGAUUUAGACUCUCAGACUGUGAAACACAACACAGUUCAACAAAGCAUACAUCAACUCUCUCUGACUAACUCUCCAUGCUAUCCAUACCAAUACCCACUUCACCAAAUAUUAAGAAUUUUUCUGGAAAUAUCCAUUUUCGAAAGUCAACCCCUUAAAAAAGUCACAAGGGUGGUAAUUUUGACACACAAAUUAAGAUCGUAUCACCAUCAUCAUCUUUGAACAAGAUCACGAUAGUGUCUGAUGAUGAUGAUGAACCGUAGUCUGAGUCUAGUCACACCUUCUUCUUCUUCUUCUUCACUGACAAUGGAAACUGGUUCCUUGAGGUCGAACCUCAUCUGGGUCGGUCACCGUCCCAAUGAUCGUGGGCAUUCCCUUCAGUUCCUUCUUUCUCACCAUAAAUUCACCACCAGAAGCGUUUUCCUGGGAAAAUGGAGUGGAAACGGAGAUGGGUCUUUUCGUAAUUGUCAUUUUCGAGUUAAUUGCAAAAUCCAGACUCAAGAAAUGCAGAUAAGAAGGUGUUCGCCUAUUCUUGAAAGCUCAUUGCUGUCACGUAAUGGCGCCUUGGUGUCAGAUGAGUGGAAAGCUGUUCCUGACAUUUGGAAGACAUCAGCUGAGAAGUACGGUGAUCGGAUAGCAAUUAGGGAUCCGUACCAUGAUCCGCCUACAACUUUGACUUAUAAACAGCUGGAACAGGAAAUAUUGGAUUUCGCAGAAGGUUUAAGAGUCAUUGGAAUAAAACCAGACGAAAAGGUUGCACUAUAUGCAGACAAUUCACGCAGAUGGCUUGUUGCAGAUCAGGGGAUGAUGACUACCGGAGCAAUCAACGUGGUAAGAGGUUCGAGGUCAUCAGUUGAAGAACUAUUACAAAUAUAUAGUCACUCUGAAAGUGUUGGACUUGCUGUUGACAAUCCUGAGUUGUUUAAUCGGAUUUCAGAAGCUUUCCAUGCCAAGGCUAACAUGCGCUUUAUUAUUCUGCUUUGGGGGGAUAAAUCAAGUUUGUCUAGCAAAGGAGUUCAAGGGAUACCUGUUUUUGACUACCAACAGAUUAUACAAUUGGGACAAGAGAGUCGUAGGGAAAUCUCUGAUUCUAGUGAUGUUAGCGAAUCCUAUAUAUAUGAGGCCAUCGACUCUGAUGAUAUUGCUACGCUUGUAUAUACUAGUGGAACAACUGGAAACCCAAAAGGUGUCAUGCUUACACAUCGGAAUCUGUUGCACCAGAUACAUAACUUGUGGGAUAUUGUCCCAGCUGUAGUUGGAGAUAGAUUUCUCAGCAUGCUUCCACCUUGGCAUGCAUACGAACGAGCUUGUGGAUAUUUUACAUUUACACAUGGUGUUGAGCAGGUGUACACAACAGUGAGAAACUUGAAGGAGGAUUUGCGACAGUAUCAACCGGAGUACAUAAUUUCAGUUCCUUUAGUAUAUGAGACACUCUACAGUGGGAUUCAAAAGCAAAUUUCUACAAGCUCAACAGCUCGUAAGCUAAUUGCACUUACAUUUCUAAGGGCUAGUAUGGCAUACAUGGAGUUCAAAAGGAUUUAUGAGGGAGCAUAUCUGACAAGGAACCCGAAGCAACCUUCAUAUCUUUUCUCGUUGUUUGACUGGUUAUGGGCAAGAAUCAUUGCUGGACUUUUAUGGCCAGUGCAUGCGUUGGCAAACAAACUUGUCUAUAGCAAAAUUCACUCUGCUAUCGGGAUAACAAAGGCUGGUGUAAGUGGUGGCGGAAGUUUGCCAUCACAUGUUGACAAGUUCUUCGAGGCAAUUGGUGUGAAAGUUCAGAAUGGAUUUGGUUUAACAGAAUCCUCCCCUGUUGUUUCUGCUCGACGACCAAAUUGUAACGUUCUUGGCUCAGUUGGUCACCCAAUCCGGCAUACCGAGUUCAAAAUUGUAGAUUCUGAAAGUGGUAGAGUUCUUCCACCCGGUGAAAUCGGCAUUGUGAAAAUAAGGGGACCACAAGUGAUGAAAGGUUACUUUAAGAAUCCAGGGGCUACAGAGCAAGUUUUAGAUAAGGAAGGUUGGUUAAAUACUGGUGAUAUAGGUUGGAUUGCUCCUCACCAUUCGAGGGGCCGAAGUCGUCUAUGUGGAGGAAUAGUUGUCCUUCAAGGACGUGCUAAGGAUACGAUAGUUCUUUCUACAGGCGAAAAUGUUGAACCUGUGGAGCUCGAAGAAGCUGCAUUGAAAAGUUCUGUAAUUCAGCAGAUUGUUGUCAUUGGCCAGGAUCAACGGCGCAUUGGAGCUAUAAUCGUUCCUAACAAGGAGGAUGCUUUACUGUUAGCAAAAGAGUUAUCUAUUGUAGAUUCUAACACAACUGAGCUAAGUCAGGAAAAAUUAAAAAGCAUAAUAUAUGACGAAUUACGAAAAUGGACUAAAGCAUGUUCAUUCCAAAUCGGACCAAUCCUCGUGGUGGACGACCCCUUUACGAUCGACAGCGGUCUAAUGACUCCCACCAUGAAAAUUCGGCGGGACAAGGUGGUAGCUCUGUACAAGGAACAAAUAGAAAAUCUCUAUAAGUAAACAUCUUAUUCAGGAUAAUUAAUAUUUAACUUCCAUAAGAAAAGAGUCAAGUUUGAUCAAAGUUCUCUGCUAUAUAACUUUGUUUCAUGCUAUUAUGCUAAAGUUUUCUUCUGUUGUAGUUUUGCUUAGUAGAAAUAAAGGAAAGCAGUGCAAAUAUUUGUAAGACAGCAUGCAUAAUUGUAUAUAGUUGCACAAUCAAGUUUUAAUGCUAUGAUAGAUAUUUCAAAACUCAGCAAAUCAUAAGUGGGAAAUUCUAUAUUACA